AUGGCUCCCGGAGAGAAGAUCAAAGCCAAAAUCAAGAAGAAUCUGCCGGUGAGGGGGCCCCAGGCGCCUACGAUCAAAGAGCUGAUGCGGUGGUACUGCCUGAACACCAACACCCACGGCUGUCGCCGCAUUGUGGUGUCCCGCGGUCGCCUGCGGCGCCUGCUCUGGAUUCUGUUCACGCUCACCGCCGUGGCCCUUAUCUUCUGGCAGUGUGCGCUCCUCGUGGCCUCCUUCUACACCGUCUCUGUCUCCAUCAAAGUCCACUUCCAGAAGCUGGAUUUUCCUGCUGUCACCAUCUGCAACAUCAACCCUUACAAGUACAGUGUGGUGCGGGACCUUCUAGCUGACUUGGAACAGGAGACCAGAGUGGCCUUAAAGACCCUGUAUGGCUUUCCAGAGAAUACGUCUCGAAAACGCCGAGAGGCAGAGUCCUGGAAUUCGGCUUGGGAGGGCACACGGCCUAAAUUCCUCAAACUGGUCCCACUGAUGGCUUUCGGUCAGGAUGAGACCGGUAAGGCCAGGGACUUCCUCACAGGGCGGAAGCGGAAAUUCAAUGGACGCAUCAUUCACAAGGCGUCGGAUGCCAUGCAUGUCCACGCGUCCAAGGAGGUGGUGGGAUUCCAACUGUGUUCAAAUGACACGUCCCACUGUGCCCUCUACACCUUCAGCUCGGGAGUCAAUGCCAUCCAGGAGUGGUACAAGCUGCACUACAUGAACAUCAUGGCACAAGUCCCUCUGGAGAAGAAAAUCAACAUGAGCUACUCUGCCGAGGAGCUGCUGGUUACCUGCCUCUUUGAUGGGAUGUCCUGCGAUGCCAGAAACUUCACGCUUUUCCACCACCCAAUGUAUGGGAAUUGCUACACGUUCAACAACAGAGAGAACGAGACUAUCCUCAGCACAUCCAUGGGGGGCAGCGAGUAUGGGCUGCAGGUCAUCUUGUACAUAAAUGAAGAGGAGUACAACCCCUUCCUGGUGUCCUCCAGCGGGGCCAAGGUGAUUGUCCAUCGGCAGGAUGAAUACCCCUUCAUAGAGGAUGUGGGAACAGAGAUCGAGCCUGCCAUGGCCACCUCCAUAGGGAUGCACCUGACGGAGUCCUUCAAGCUGAGUGAACCCUACAGCCAGUGCACGGAGGACGGGAGCAACGUGCCGAUCAGUAAUAUCUACAACGCGGCAUAUUCCCUCCAGAUCUGCCUUCACUCGUGCUUCCAGACAAAGAUGGUGGAGAAAUGUGGGUGUGCCCAGUAUAACCAGCCUCUACCUCCAGCAGCCAACUACUGUAACUACCAGCAGCACCCCAACUGGAUGUACUGCUAUUAUGAGCUGCACCAGGCCUUUGUCCGGGAGGAGCUGGGCUGCCAGGCGGUGUGCCGGGAAGCCUGCAGCUUUAAGGAGUGGACACUGACCACCAGUCUGGCACAGUGGCCAUCCAUGGUUUCUGAGAAAUGGUUGCUGCCCGUUCUCACUUGGGACCAAGGCCAGCAAAUAAAGAAAAAACUCAACAAGACAGACUUGGCCAAACUCUUGAUAUUCUACAAAGACCUGAACCAGAGAUCCAUCAUGGAGAGCCCUGCCAACAGCAUCGAGAUGCUUCUGUCCAACUUCGGUGGCCAGCUGGGCCUGUGGAUGAGCUGCUCUGUCGUCUGUGUCAUUGAGAUAAUUGAGGUCUUCUUCAUUGACUCCUUCUCUAUCAUUGCCCGCCACCAGUGGCAGAAGGCCAAGGAGUGGUGGGCCCGGAGGCACGCUCCCCCUGGCCCUCAGGGCCAGGACAACCCAGGCCUUGAUGUAGACGAUGACCUGCCCACUUUCACCUCCGCGUUGCGCCUGCCUCCAGCCCCAGGGACCCAGGUGCCUGGCACACCGCCUCCCAGAUAUAAUACCUUGCGUUUGGAGAGGGCCUUUUCCGACCAGCUCACAGACACCCAGGUACCAGCUGAGUCCUGAGGCAGGGAGGUGAAGGGAGAUAUAGCUGGGACCCCCAGCCCCGGUCUGAG